GCUACUGCAACAGCCACCUAGGCUGUACGGUUAAUGGAAGAAUAAUUAGCUUCACAAAAGUGAUCUGUUGUUUUGUACUUAGCUUGGAUUUAAGUAUGAAGACCCCAAACAUUUAAUUACGUUUAUUGGAACAAGAUAUUUUACGUCAGUUUAAUGGCUGUAAAAAUGGUUAAAAUUGGAAUAGAGAAAACCAAGACGAGUGAAAAUGAAAAUAAAGCAGCUGUUCUUCCACAGUGCGUGGCAGUGAUCAUAGCCAACCUUGGAGCCUUCAUGAUAGGCACGUGUCGGGGAUGGUCCUCUACCUCGGAGUUCGCCCUGACCCAGAGGGAGGAGUGUGGGUUCCCGGUCAGUAUCAGACAGUUCUCCUGGGUCGGCUCUCUCAUGCCCGUGGGCUGCAUCGUCGGGGCCUCGCCCCUCACCGGAUGGCUCGUCACCCACCUUGGGCGCAGAACUACCAUGACUAUAGUUGCAGUCCCGUCAGCCGUAGGAUAUGCGAUGAUGGCGUAUGCACAAAAUGUGCCGAUGUUAUGCAUUGGACGUCUACUCACAGGAAUUGGCGCUGGUGGCUACGGGGUGACCAUCCCCCUAUACGUGGCUGAACUUGCCUCGACCAAUAUAAGAGGUCGUCUCGGGGUGGUCUUUCAAACCAUCAUCACUUUCGGCAUACUGUUUACAUACGUCGUCGGGAGUUUGGUUACAUCUUUCUGGCUUUCGUUUCUCUGUACACUGAUUCCCAUCGUUCACGGACUUAUGGUGUUUUUUAUUCCCGAAUCUCCUAUUUACUAUCUUCAGAAGAACAAAGAUGAAGAAGCCAAAGCUGCACUGCAAUGGUUCAGAGGAAGUGAAUACAACAUUGACGAGGAGUUUUCGAGGAAGAAAAAAGAUAUUGAAGAAGCAAAAGCUCUCAAGCUGACUAUUUAUGAAGCAUUUUCUUCAAAGAGUGCCAAAAAGGGUUUACUCAUAUGCAUGGGAGUGAUGUUUUUUCGCCAGUUCAGUGGAGCUAGUGGGAUAAUAUUCUACAACAAUGUUAUAUUUCAGGAAGCUGGUUCUUCCCUGAGCCCCAACCUCCAGACCAUCCUGAUGGGAGUGACUGACCUCACCACUACUUGUUUGUCUUCAACAGUCGUCGACAGACUCGGAAGACGUCCUCUCCUUCUCUUCUCAGACUUUGCCAUGUCCAUCUGUACAUUCUUCAUAGGCGCCUUCUUCUUUAUGAAAGACAGAGAUUACGACGUUUCUUACAUAACCUGGGUCCCGGUCACCUUCUUGUGCACAUUUUGUCUUGCAUACUCCUCAGGAUUUGGACCCCUGCCUUGGGUGCUUCUAGGAGAAAUCUUUCCGAGAAGAAUUGCAGGAUAUGCUGCAUCGAUCGUUUGCAUGUUCAACUUCUUCUGGGUGUUCAUAGUCACCAGGUAUUUUGAAGACAUCAGUUAUGCCAUCGGUAGAGAGUGGGUGUUCUUCUUCUUUAGUGCUUGUUCUGCGGUUGGAGUUGUGUUUGUGUACUGUGUUGUACCAGAGACAAAGAAGAAAACAGUGGAAGACAUUCUGAAAGAGCUAGAAAUGUAAUUUUGAUGUAGGUAUUAUGAGUGGAAACCAAGCCAACACAUACCUUUAGUUUUGAGAGUGAUUACAAGUUUAUAGUUUGACAAUUUGUCGAAAGAUUCCCUCUUUACUUUGGAAAUUGCUUCACUGUCUUACAAAUAGAGCUGUUAGCCAAUGAGUAAAGAAAAAAAACUGUUUUAGGAGUUUAAGUACGAUAGGAAAAUCACAAGUCCUGAGUGUCUUACCAGUGAACUAUUUUAAACUAACUUUAAAACCUAUUACUUCCUUGAGAGACCAAAACUGGUGUUACUUUUUUAAGAGGGAUCUGUUUUAGUUUGUUAAGUUUUGAUGUACUGAGAAGUUCAGAUAGUUUCUUUACGUUUGUUUAAAACUUCACAAAUAAAGUUUUUAAGAAAA